CGUACGAAUUGGGUACUGGGAAUGUUGCCUCGCCGGAAAGCAGCCCGGAGGGAGAGGUACAGAGAUCAAGUGGAGGGCUUGGCAGUGGCGUAGUAGGUGGAUCAGCAACAGCGAGAUCAUCGUCAGUGCCACCUGACUUCAUUUCUGAAUCUGCGCGGCAUUCAGGGGCGGGCUUGGUACAACUACCGCAAAGUACAGGACAAGUAGACGCUCUGCGAAGCCGAAGCGCGAUCCCGAACCCGCUUCUAGCGCAGUCCGAGCCUGCCAACCUGUCUCGUUUAGCCGGCCGGCUCGGCGGGCCAAAAUCUGCGUCGACGCCGACCAGUAUCAGACUUCCGGUGCGAGGUAUGCAUUGCAAAAGUUUUUCACUAGAAGUAGGAAUUUUUGCAUCAGAAAUGAUUUUUGCUGAAGGAAAAAUGAAACUUCUCAUGCAGGUUGAGGUAGAAAACCACGUUUGUCAUGCAUGAUUGCAAUUAAACUACGAGCGCAAGAAUACUUUUGCAGGGGUUUAUACGAGGUGAAGGCACUGCUCGAGACUUUCCGUCCUUCAACUCGCUAUCGUCGUCCGCAGGCGGAGAUGAUUACGAUCGUACGUCCUCGUCUUUCCAGUCCUCGCAACCCAAAAGCCCUUCCGUCGCCUUGCAUGCUCCGCCGGUUGCCCAGCCGUGGCGGCAGCGCCCGGUGGGGGAUCAUGCGAGAGUCCGGGGAAAGGGCAAUGUAGUCGUCAAUCGUUUUUCUGGGUCCGUGCAGAGCAUGCUGGCGGCUCCUCCGGUGCACAACGAUCCUCCAGGGCAGACCUUUUCUGCUGCACCAAAAGCCAAAGUGGGAUCGAGCGCAUUAAACUUGGAAAGUGAAACAAAUCAGGACAAUGAGGAAGAAGAUGUGUCGAAAAAAUCCGGAAUCGAAGAAUUGCAAGCGCAAGCUGAGCC